AUGACACUGGCAACGCGGAUGAAGUCCUUACCUUCAAACUAUGGCCAAUCUUUGUUUAUGGAAGCGGUACACUCGCUCGAAAUUGCUUCUUCUACGCCUCGCAAGUCGUGUAACAAAUGCAAUUACCAAAAAGCGUUUCUUGAUCAAAAGGUCGGGACAGCUCGAGAAUCCAGCUGUCGGAUACCACAUCAUCCCUAUGAACCAGCGCCAAUACAUCUCAUCCCGAAAGAAUUCAGCACUCUCAUCUUCCCAAGUAUCAUCAUGUCCAAGCCAAGAUUCAUCUGCACGCUCUUCAUCUCGCUUCCAGCGGUCUUCCUCGCCCUUAUCCCGUGCAUCUCAGCGGCAGCACCACCAACCAUCAACAUCAUCCAAACCCCGACAGCGCCGGGUCUAAACGGUUCUUCAAACUCCAAUCCGCCCAGACUUACAGUACAGAUCGAUACCACGCACAGGCUCUCCCUAACCGAGUACGCUUACCGCGAACCGGCGCGCAAUCUCCUGGCCGCUGUGGUCGGCACAACGGCUAGCAACUUCGAUGUUUACCACCAACGCAGAGAAGAAUUCCACGAAAGGGGUAGCUUCGAAUAUGACAACUAG